AUGGGCAGGGUAAAGAUUGCAAUAAAAAGGAUAGAGAACCCAAAUGCGAGGCAGGUGUCAUUUUCCAAAAGGAGGAUGGGUGUGUUUAAAAAGGUGAGUGAACUGUCCACAUUGUGUGGGGCAGAGAUUGCAAUCAUAGUCUUUUCUCCUGCAGGGAAGGCCUUCACAUUUGGGACUCCUGACAUUGAUUUUGUGCUUCACAAAUAUCUCAACAUUCCACUUCAUGUAAGUGAUAAGAAAGUUCAAAAGUCUUGGAGAUCAGAACAAGAAUACAAAUCCAUACUGAGUGAGUUAGAUGCAGAAAACAAACGCAAGGAGAAGCUCAAAGGACUGGAAAGAAAUAAUGAGGUGGAUUCAUGGUGGAGAAGAGAUAUUGAACGUUUAAAUCUGCACCAACUGAGAGAGUUUAGUGACUCCAUAAACGAGUUCAAGAAAAGGAUUCUUCAGGCUUUACAAGAGAAGGAAGCAAUGAAAUAUAGGAAGAAGGAGCUAGAUGAAAUAGAGGCUGAAGAAAUGUGUCAAGGACAAUCUUUUCUAGCUAUGUUGGGUGUGCAAGUAGAUCGUAAAGCUCACUCUGUAAGGGGAUCCUCUUCUCAUAGUGAAGGCAUGGCAUCCCAUGAGGGCUGCCUGACUUGCAAAAAGUGGUCAUGCCUCUUGAGAAAGGACAAUUGCUCUCUGAGGAAUCAUUUUGAAAGUGGGUGUAAUAUCACCCACAACAAAUGA